AUGGAAGCUAACAACCGUGAAAGUUUGGUCAACAAUUCUCCGCUGUUCUUAUUCCACAAUCAAGCAAAAAAAGAAGAGAAAAAAAAGGCAAGAAUAUGGGUGGAGAGGGGGAAGGUCUAUACUUUGGCGGAGGUUUCCCAACACAACCAUGCUAAAGACUGUUGGCUUGUCAUUGAGGGCAAGGUUUACAAUGUGACUAAAUUCUUGGAGGAUCAUCCUGGUGGUGAUGAGGUCUUAUUGUCCGCAACAGGGAAAGAUGCAAGUGAUGAUUUUGAGGAUGUUGGUCAUAGUAGCAGUGCUCGAGCAAUGAUGGACGAGUUUUAUGUGGGCGACAUCGAUACAUCAACCAUCCCAACUAAGACCAAGUACUCCCCACCCAAGCAGCCGCACUAUGAGCAGGAAAAGACCUCAGAUUUCGUUACCAAGCUUCUCCAAUUCCUUGUUCCCUUGCUGAUCUUGGGAUUGGCCUUUGGCGUCCGUUUCUAUACCAAAUCAUCCGCUUAAGCAUCGAGAGCGCAACCUAAGAUUGAAAGAAAAA